AGUUAGUUAACAAUGUCCCCAUUGACACUAUAAAAGCCAUGAUCACAGAAUGUCGAUGUCACACAAAAAGAAAAGAGACUGAAGGGGGGAAAUGUGCCACUACUUUUGAUUCAUGCAUCAGUUAUUGGCUGACAGAUGACCCGGAUAAAGCUUAUGCUUUAAGCAACAUCAGCCAAGUUUUUAUGGCUUAAUCAAGUGUUAACACUCUGUCAGGCUUACAUAUAUCGAGCUGUCCUCAAAUUUUUGUAGAUAUGUUCAUGUGAAUAUCAUCAUCAUUGUCAUGGAUUUUGUGAGUUGAGCAUGGGAAAUGAGAUGGGAAACAGUAACACAACCGGCCUACAAGAAGAAGAGAAUUCAGCCACUCAAGCUAAAGAAGGCUUUUUGCAAGAAGGAGGUCAAGGUGAAGGUGCAGAAAGGAAAAAUCAUACUGUUCCUGCUCAUGAAGUUAAAGACUUCAAUGAAGUAAAUGGGUUGGCUUCUGAUUCUCCUGGAUUAAACCAGAAAUCAAAUGGAAGAGAGCAAGAAGAAACUGAAGUUCAUCAUCCUGGUGAAUAUGCAAAAGUUGAUGGAGAGUCGAAUGAAGCAGGCGAUGAAACCAGUGAAAUUCAACAAAAUUUUCCACAAGCAGAUUCUAAAGAAGAUAAGAAUCCUCCUGGUUACAUAAAUGAUGGACAAGCAAAUCCAAGUGUUCAUGGUGCUGAAGGUAAAGACUAUAAAGGAAAAGAGAAUGGUUUUACUUCUGAUGAUUUGAAUGGUGUAGUGGAUCUUCAUGUUUUAGACCAGAUACCAGAUGAAACAGGGCAAGAAGAAACUGAAAUUGAUCCUCCUGCUGAAUCUCCAAAAGUUGAAAUAAAACCAAAUAACAAAGCAGAUGGUGAAACAAGUGAAGUCCAAGAAACUUCUCCAUCCAAAGAUAUAGAAGAUGAUGCGAAACCGCCUAGUCUUGUAGAUGAUGCAGAAGUAGAAAAUUGCAUGGUUCCUCUUGCUGAAUGUCAAGACAGCAAUGAAAGAGGGAUUAAUGAAUUAGCUUUCAGUGUUCCAGAGGGUGCAGAGGAUCCCAAUGUUGCAAACAAGAUAUCAGAUGAAAGAGAACAAGAGGACAAAGAACUUGAUCCUCCUGCUGAAUCUCCAAAAGUUGAAAUAAAACCAAAUAACAAAUCAGAUGGUGAAACAAGUGAAGUCCAAGAAACUUCUCCAUCCAAAGAUAUAGAAGAUGAUGCGAAACCACCUAGUCUUGUAGAUGAUGCAGAAGUAGAAAAUGGCAUAGUUCCUCUUGCUGAAUGUCAAGACAACAAUGAAAGAGGGAUUAAUGAAUUAGCUUUCAGUGUUCCAGAGGGUGCAGAGGAUCCCAAUGUUGCAAACAAGAUAUCAGAUGAAAGAGAACAAGAGGGCAAAGAACUUGAUCCUCCUGCUGAAUCUCCAGAAGUUGAAAUAGAACCAAAUAACAAAUCAGAUGGUGAAACAAGUGAAAUCCAGGAAACUUCUCCAUUCAAAGAUAGAGAAGAUGAUGCGAAACCGCCUAGUCUUGUAGACGAUGCAGAGGUAGAAAAUGGCAUAGUUCCUCUUGCUGAAUGUCAAGACAACAAUGAAAGAGGGAUUAAUGAAUUAGCUUUCAGCGUUCCAGAGGGUGCAGAGGAUCCUCAUGUUGCAAACAAGAUAUCAGAUGAAAGAGAACAAGAGGACAAAGAACUUGAUCCUCCUGCUGAAUCUCCAGAAGUUGAAAUAAAACCAAAUAACAAAUCAGAUGGUGAAACAAGUGAAGUCCAAGAAACUUCUCCAUCCAAAGAUAUAGAAGAUGAUGCGAAACCGCCUAGUCUUGCAGAUGAUGCAGAAGUAGAAAAUGGCAUAGUUCCUCUUGCUGAAUGUCAAGACAACAAUGAAAGAGGGAUUAAUGAAUUAGCUUUCAGCGUUCCAGAGGGUGCAGAGGAUCCUCAUGUUGCAAACAAGAUAUCAGAUGAAAGAGAACAAGAGGACAAAGAACUUGAUCCUCCUGCUGAAUCUCCAGAAGUUGAAAUAGAACCAAAUAACAAAUCAGAUGGUGAAACAAGUGAAAUCCAGGAAACUUCUCCAUUCAAAGUUAGAGAAGAUGAUGCGAAACCGCCUAGCCUUGAAGACAAUGCAGAAGUAGAAAAUGGCAUAGCUCCUCUUGCUGAAUGUCAAGACAACAAUGAAAGAGGGAUUAAUGAAUUAGCUUUCAGUGUUCCAGAGGGUGCAGAGGAUCCCCAUGUUGCAAACAAGAUAUCAGAUGAAAGAGAGCAAGAGGAGAAAGAACUUGAUCCUCCUGCUGAAUCUCCAAAAGUUGAAAUAAAACCAAAUAACAAAGCAGAUGGUGAAACAAAUGAAAUCCAAGAAGCUUCACCAUCCAAGGAUACAGAAGAUGAUGUGAAACCACCAAGUCUUGUAGGCGAAACAGAAGUAGAAAAUGGCAUAGUUCCUCUUGCUGAAUGUCAAGCCAACAAUGAAAGAGGCCUGAAUGAACUAGCUUUCAAUGUUUCGGAGGGUGCAGAGGAUCCCCAUGUUGCAAACAAGAUAUCAAAUGAAAGAGAACAAAAGGACAAGGAACUUGACCCUCCUGCUGAAUUUCAAAAGGUUGAAGUAAAAUCAGAUGAUGAUACAGAUGAUGAAACCAGUGACAUCCAACCAACUAUUCCAUCCAUAGAUUCAACACAUGUUGAGACACUGCAAGAAUCCAUUUUGGAGGAGAAUCUGCCGCAACUAAGCGAUCAUCAGCUACUGAACCAAGAUUCUAUUAAGAAAGGCAUCGAGGGAGAAAAAAAUGCAACUUUUGAUACAAUAUCUUCAUCAGAAGAUCCAGAGCCUCAAGAAAGUAUAGACUCAAAAUUUGAUCAACCUGAAUUGACUACAAUUCAUGCUGAUCCACCAGCAGAAGAUAGCAAUAAUGUUGCACGAAGUACUGAGGAUAUCCUUGGAUCCAAUUUGGCCUGCAAUGUUGAGGAGAACUGUCAACACAUAGACGGUAACUUUCCAAAAGAUCUAGUUGAAAGUGUUGUUUCUGUUUCCGAUUCGAAGUUGGAUAAGGAAAAUGAUGACUUAACUGUGAAAGAAAUGGCAUCCGAAGCAGCGUCCUUCCAAGAGAGAAUGAAAAGUAAUGAUAGAGAUGAGAUUAGCAAUGAUUUGGGCCAAAAAGAAGAGACGACCUCAGAAUUAUCCUCUGGUGUGAGAAUAAACUGCAAUGGGGAUUUACCAACUGAGAUGAAUCAAAUUAGAAGUGAUUCCCCAGAAGCAGAAGUGGAAGCCCUUUCCAUGGAUGUGUCACCAAACUCUCACAUAGAAAUGUCUGCAUCUGCAGAUGAAUGCAUUCUUCUUACAGAACAAACAGUAUUGGCAACAAAUGAAUCAGAAGAUGGAGAGACUAAGGCUAAUCAUCAUCCAACUCAACCUAUUGAGGAGUCAGCCGAAAAAUGUCAUAUUGACAAGAUAAAUGUGUCUCUGUCGGAAGGCAUGAUGAUCGAGUCUAAGCCUGAAAUCAAUGAAAAGAGAACUGCAGAUUAUGCUUCUUGUGUUUCAAGGUGCAAUAAGGAUUACAGUGAGGAGGCAAAGGUUGUUGAGAAUGAUCACCCAGUUGAUGUGCAUAUUAACAAUCAGUCUUCCAUGGAACCUUGCAAGGAUUCACAGAAGGAUAAUGUGGUGGUUCCCGAAUCAAGAAUGGUUAUGGAGGAGUCAUCUCUAACUGAUUUUGAAACCAAAGAGGUGCCUGAGGAGAAAAUUAUUGAAGAGACAGAAGAGACAACUAGAGCUUCAUGUAUCUCGGACAAAAAGCAAGAAGGUCUCAAUAAUAAGUCCUUUGUUGCUGAAGCUUCAUCUUUUGAUCCCACAAACUUGAUGAAAGAGACUUUAGUCUCUAUGGAUCAGUUGGUCACUGAGAAAUCGGAGCAAGAUCUUUCACAGUAUACCCCAGAGACUACAGCAACAAUAGAAGAAUCAAACACUCGAGCAAACCAUUUCAUUGGACAAGGUGAAAAAGUUGAAACACCUGCCUUUGCAAGUGAUGAAAGUGAGGCACAAGAAUGCAUGGAGAGACUCAGCACUGAAUCAAACUCUAACGCCUCAAACAUUCAAGCUAAGAUGCAAAAAUCUCCAAGUUUUGGUCUUGAUCUGCGAAUUGAAGCAAGGACAGAAGAGUCCCAUAAUGCAAUUGAGGACUUCUCAACUCAAACAGAUGUUAGUCUUGGAAACGGAAUUGCGUAUGUUGACUAUGGUGAAGAUAAGCAUGUGUAUCAAGCAAUGCCAGCGGAAGAGAAAGUUAUUACAAUGGAAAGAAUCGAUUCUGAUAAGUCCAAAACUCCAUUUCUUGGCUUCCUAAAAGAAGAGGAAGAGGCACAUCUCCUUGCCACACCACAGGAAAAGGACAGCAACAAUUCUGCAAAGACGGCAAACAAGGAAUUCUUGAACUUGCCCACCAAGGAAGUUGCAUCAACUUCACCGAAAAGUAAGGAGAAGCGGAAGCCGAGGUCUUUCCUCUUCGCCAACUGCGUGUGUUGCACAACUGUGAUAAAUUAAAAACCUUGAAAGAUUUCCAGUUUUCUAUCCUCCCAUUUUGAUUUUUCUGGUUGAGUUUUCUGAACUUGGGUAGGCAACAAAAACCAAGAAAGUAUAACCAUGAAACUAUGAUAAUCCAUUGCUUUUAUUCUUUUCUCACUACACUUUCCUCUAGACUUGCAUAGUCUUUGUGAUGCAAGUCUUACAGAAUCGCUUGAUGUAAUUUUGAGCCCAUUUAUUUGUUUGAUCCUUUGAAAGAAUAUGUAUGGUUUGGAGAGCAGAUUGUAAUUAAGGCAGAUUUGCUGCCAUUGAUUGUAACAUUUGUUGAUUUUAUUUAUAAUAAUACAAUGAUGUGGAAGGUUUAUUGUUGAAUUA